GUAAGAUGCCAUCAUCAUCCAACAACGGAGUUCUUUGUUUGAAUAAAACUCCCAAGGAUUUAAAAACCCUAAUUACCCAAAUCCCUUGUUGAAUUUCAAUCUUAAUUAACCAUUUGAACUUCCCCUUCCACCAGAGCCAUGAAUUUUACCUUUACUUUAAACCCCCCAACGAACAAAACCGAACCUUACUCUGAAGCUAAAAGAAAGAAUUAAAAUAAAGGGUUCAUCUUUGUUUCUGGUCUCUGCUAUGCAAACCCAUCAAGAAAAUCCCAGAAAAUAAAAAACUGAGACUUGUUUCGAGCAAUAAAAUCGUAAAAGGGAUUUUCUUUUCUUAGUUUUUGGGUAAGAAAAGAAAAUCUCAGCGGAAAUGCCAGGCGUAGCUUUGAAAAUAUACAGUGUAUUCUUCAAGUUCGUCUUCAAACACCGUCUGCAAAACUUGAUCCAAUCCUCUAUUGAUGAAUCCUCCAGUUCGUACGGUGUAACGACCCGACCCGAGGAAUCCGUUUCCGCCUCCAACCCGUCGUUCACCGAUGGUGUCGCCACUAAAGACAUCCACAUCGAUCCAUUCACUGCCCUUCCAAUUCGGAUCUUCCUCCCUGAUUCCUCCCUUUACCCUCCCGAACAACCCGAUUCAAAACAGAAGCUCAGAUCGUCCCAAGAAGGUGAUCCCAAUUCCCAUAAUCACCGCCGGAGUAGUUAUGGCCCGUCGAAUAUGGGCCCCUCUAGAAAUGAUUCGAGAAGAAGCAGUCUCGAGGGGUUGAAUUUGAGAUCCUUCAAUAAUGCUUAUAGAGGAUAUUCACCGUCACCUCAAAAUUGUCGAAAAUUACCGAUAAUGUUGCAAUUUCACGGCGGCGGUUGGGUGAGUGGGAGCAAUGAUUCAGUUGCUAACGAUUAUUUUUGUCGAAGGAUAGCGAAAUUGUGUGAUGUUAUAGUCGUCGCAGUCGGUUACAGGUUGGCACCGGAGAAUAGGUAUCCGGCUGCAUUUGAGGAUGGGUUGAAGGUGUUGAACUGGUUAGCAAAGCAAGCGAAUUUAGCUGAGUGUGGUAAGUCGUUGGGAAACGGGGCGCGUGGGGCUGGAUCAGAGCUCACCAAUGCUGAGUUUCAAAGACAUUUUGUGAAUGCUUUUGGGGCUUCAAUGGUUGAGCCAUGGUUGGCAGCUCAUGGAGAUCCAUCUAGAUGUGUUCUACUUGGAGUUAGUUGUGGAGCAAAUAUUGCAGACUAUGUGGCUCGCAAAGCUGUUGAGGCAGGCAAGCGUCUGGCUCCUGUCAAGGUGGUAGCACAAGUUCUAAUGUACCCAUUCUUCAUCGGGAACGUUCCCACACACUCUGAAAUAAAGUUGGUAAACUCAUACAUUUAUGACAAGGCUAUGUGCCUAUUUGCAUGGAAACUCUUUCUUCCCAAGGAAGAGUUCAGCCUGGACCACCUGGCUGCUAAUCCACUGAUUCCAGACAGGGGCCCACCUCUGAAACUUAUGCCCCCGACGCUAACGGUUGUAGCAGAGCAUGACUGGAUGAGAGACCGGGCGAUUGCUUACUCAGAGGCCCUUCGGAAGGUAAACGUUGAUCCACCUGUUCUUGAGUAUAAGGAUGCAGUUCACGAAUUUGCAACCCUUGACAUGCUUCUAAAGACACCUCAGGCUGAGGCCUGUGCCGAGGACAUUGCCAUCUGGGCUAAGAAAUACAUCUCAUUGCGAGGUCACGAGUUCUCAUAUUAAAAUGUAGAAAAGAAAAAGAAAAUGUACGAGGCGGAUCAUCAUCCAAUGACAUCCUUCUCUAUUUAUUCGGUUUUGAAAGAGAGAACGAUACAAGGAUGUCGUGCCGGUGGAUUCGGACAAUGUAUUGCUUUUGUUCAUUGUUGGUAAUGCGAUCAUCGGGUUUGCGCCUCAGUUUCCAGGUUUAUCCUAUGCCCUCCUGUUCCUUUUUGUAAGAUAAAAACUUGUCUGAUGAUAGAUUAGUAAGUUGAGAUUACUUUCUUUUCGUUGAGA